CAUAUCAAAUCCUCAAUUCUAAAACAGAAACAAAAGUAAAUACGGCCAUGGCUUCAAAUCAACAAGUGAAGCUUUUCGGAUUCUUGGGAAGCCCAUUUGUGGCGAGAGCAGAGCUUGCUCUGAAACUCAAGGGAGUGGAAUAUGAGUACAUUCAGGAACCGUUGCCGAACAAAAGUGAUCUUCUUCUCAAGUACAACCCAGUUCACAAGAAGGUCCCCGUGCUUCUUCACAACGAGAAACCAAUCUGUGAGUCGCUUUUGAUUGUUGAAUACGUCGAUGAGGCUUGGACUGGCUCCCCCAUCUUGCCUUCUGAUCCUUAUGACAGGGCCACGUCUCGUUUCUGGUCUAGGUUCAUCGAUGACAAGUUGUUACCUGCAGCAUUCAAAGCAGCCUGGGAUUCAGACGUGAAGGAGAGGGAAAAAGGUGCUGAAGAAUCGAGAGAGGCUCUGAAUGUUCUGGACAAGGAGCUGAAAGUGAAAGGGAAGUUCUUCACUGGAGAUUCAUUUGGGUAUUUGGAAAUCGCUGCUCUGAUCAUCACUUACUGGCUGCCCAUAAUCCAAGAAGCUAGUGAGGUCGACCUGUACAGUGCUGAGAGAUAUCCAAAUUUAGAGAAAUGGGGUCAAGAGAUUUUGAAAGAGCCCGCUGUGCAAGCAGUUUUGCCUCCCAGGGAUGUUCUGCUUACCUUCUUCAAGAAUCGCUAUCAGAGCAUCCCAAGUCCAGCCAUGGCUUCAAAUCAACAAGUGAAGCUUUUCGGAAUCGUGGGAAGCCCAUUUGUGACGAGAGCAGAGAUUGCUCUGAAACUCAAGGGAGUGGAAUAUGAGUACAUUCAUGAAUCCUUAACGAACAAAAGCGAUCUUCUUCUCAAGUACAACCCAGUUCACAAGAAGGUCCCUGUGCUUCUUCACAACGAGAAGCCCGUCUGUGAGUCUCUUGUGGUUGUUGAAUACGUCGAUGAGGCUUGGACUGGCUACCCCAUCUUACCUUCUGAUCCUUAUCAAAGAGCCCUGGCUCGUUUCUGGUCUAAGUUCAUCGAUGACAAGUUGUUGCCCGCGGUAUUUAAAGCAGCGUGGAACCCAGACGUGAAGGAGAGGGAAACGGGAGCUGAAGAAGCAAGAGAGGCUCUGAAAAUUCUGGACAACGAGCUGAAAGGGAAGUUCUUUAAUGGAGAUUCAAUUGGGUUUCUGGACAUCGCUGCUCUGUUCGUCGCUUUCUGGAUGCAGCUAAUUCAAGAAGCGGGUGGGCUGGAUCUGUACAGUGCUGAGAGAUAUCCAAAGCUAGAGAAGUGGGGUCAAGAGAUUUUGAACCACCCAGUUGUGAAAGGAGUUUUGCCUCCCAGAGAACAUCUCCUCGCCUUCUUCAAAACUCGCUUUCAGAGCAUCGCUGCUUCAAAGUAGAUGAUCCCAAAAAUUACCCAUAAUCCAGCUUCGAUUUACUUAAUCAUCCGGUGUAGUGAUUGAGACUGGGAAUAAAAUAUGUGUAACUAGGCUUUUCUCUUGCAAUGGAACCUGACUGUUCCUCGGUUUGGGUUAUCAUGACAUAAAUCAAGCCUUAUUGGCUGUCGUCCUUUCUUAAAUCUCAUUUUUGUCGUUUUGGUCUGCUA